AUGACGUUAAAAUACCAAAGUGAAGCUUUUAAUUUUUCUCCGCAUCCGAACCUGGUGAUAAAUUUCCCUAAGCUUCCAAAAACCCACUUGAAGCAGACGCGAAGCUCCUACUUUGGCUACUCGCUCGUCAUCCGUCCCAACAGCAUCAUCGUAGGAGCUCCUCGGGCUCAAUCCACAUUGGACUCGCAGAAGACCAUCAACGAGACUGGAGCGAUUUACAGAUGCUCCCUGUCUAGCGGAUCCUGCAGCCCGUAUGUCCUGGAUCCCCUAGGUGAUGUUAAUGCGCCUGACAAAGGACUAACCUGGGACUCGGACCGCAAGGAUUUCCAGUGGCUGGGCGGAUCGAUGGACGGUGGCACCGGCGAUAAGGAUAAGCUCAUCGUGUGUGCCCCCCGGUUUUACACACCCACUCCUUUAAACUACCUCAUGCACGGAGUCUGCUACUGGAUACAGAACACAGUGACCGCAAAUCCAGUGAACGUCUCUCGCAUUUCUCCAUUCCGCUCGAAAACCGAGCAGGUGAAAAACAAUAUCGUCAUCUACUACAUGGGCCAAUUGGGACAUAGUGCCCAUGUAGCGAAUGAUGGCAAUAACUCCCAGUUCCUGUUCGGAGCCCCAGGCAUACGGAAUUGGAAGGGAUCAGUAGUCCGCUGCCGCCAGGACGGACCUGCACACUAUGACGACCAGAUCUUUGAGCCGUCGCGUCAGGCCUUUAACAAUUACUUUGGCUACGCCUUGAGCUCCGGAUACUUUAACAGCGACUCUCCAUCCACCCUUCUCUACCUGACCUCGGCACCCAAAGCCAAUUCCCUUUCCGGCGAGGUCUAUAUAUUUGAUUUUCAAGGAAGGUCAAUCCGAAAGUUGCUUUGGUUGCGGGGUGAGCAGUUGGGCGAGUAUUUCGGCUACUCCAUUCUGGCGGAAGAUCUCAAUGGAGACGGAAAAACGGACAUCAUAAUCUCAGCGCCGCUUCACGCGCUUAAAAAUUCCUACGACACUGGUGCCAUUUAUGUUUUUAUCAACAAGGGUUCACUCCACUUUGAACAUACAAUUGUGCGGUCACCACUGGGCAGCAAGGGCCGUUUCGGAACUACACUUACGCGUCUGGGUGAUAUCAAUCAGGACGGAUACAACGACGUGGCCGUUGGAGCUCCCUUUGCCGCAAACGGAUCGGUGUUCAUCUACCUUGGCAGCGAACAUGGAUUGCGGGGACAGCCGAGUCAGCGACUGGAUGCUCCUGCCCUACAACCUUCAGAGUACGGAGCACACAUGUUCGGUCACGGCCUGUCCCGCGGAUCGGACAUUGAUGGGAACGGAUUCAACGACUUCGCCAUAGGAGCCCCCAAUGCGGAGGCCCUAUACCUAUAUCGCGCCUAUCCCGUCGUAAAAAUAUAUGCAACAAUUAAGACGGAAUCGCGGGAAAUAAAACAGGAGCAGGAAAAGGUGAAGAUCACCGCCUGCUACAGACUGAGUACCACGUCAAAGAAUAAGGAUGUGCAGCAGCAGGAACUGGACAUCCGGAUAGCAGUCAACAAGCAGUUGCAGUGGGUUAAGUUGGCCCACACGCAGAGCAACCAGAUAAACUUCAAGGCGAUAGCGGGUCCUGCCGAGAAAUGCCGUGACUUUGAUAUUCAAGUUCGCUACAGCGGGAAAAUUUUUGCUGCCAUCGAUCUAGAGAUGCAAUACGAACUGUCCAAGAAGAUUCCUGACUCCAGGGAGUUUUGUGAAACCUGUGCGAUCGUUGAUCCGACGGACGCGAAGGUUUCCACGGAGAGGAUCAUCAUCAGCAUGGACUGUGCCUCCGAUGUUUGUGUCGCUGAUCUGCAGAUGAGCAGCAAAAAUGUGAGCUCCACUUAUAUUUUGGGCAGUGCCGAAAUCCUACAUCUGAGUUAUGACAUAACCAACAAAGGGGAGACCGCCUACCUCCCCCAAUUCAACGUGACCAGCACUUUCCACUUGGCUUUCGCUCAGAUUCCUGGAAACUGCAAGGUCGCCGAAGCAGUCAUGGUGUGCGACCUGAACGGCGGACGACCGCUGGCCAAAGGUGACAGCGACUCCCUCACCAUCAGCUUCGAUGGGAGCCAGCUCAGCGGAGAGUCACUGACCAUCCUUGCAGAAGUGUUCAGUGCCGGAAACGAGAAGAAUACCACAGACAACAAGCAGACCAACGUGAUCAGCCUAAAGGAAUUCACCGAGAUUGAUGCCAGCGGCGUUCAGACAAACGAUCAAAUUGUUUUCAACCAUUACCCUUACUCCGCGGAAGUCAUGAACCAUUACGAGAUCAAGAGUCGCGGUCCCAGUAUUAUCGAACAGAUAACUCUGUCCUUUUAUAUUCCCAUAGCCUAUAGGUCGACUGACCCCAUAGCAAUUACACCCUUAAUUAAUGUAAGCAGCUUGAAUAUUAAGGCCACCUACGAUUCGCGUCAGUGGCCCAUUCGGCUCUAUGACCAGAAUGGGAUUCCCAUGGAGAGCUCUAUCCAGAGCGGACAGGACCACGACCAGACCACGACUCGAAAGCGAAGGGAUCUCAAUGGAUUGCCUGCCAACCAAGAACAAAUAGAUAGCAUUUUGAAUGUAAAGACCCACGAUCUGCCUGUGAAUCGCACCAUUGUUUUCAACUGCCAGGAUAGCAACAUGACGAUCUGCGUCCAAGCCGAGAUGAACAUCCGAUUGAGGCCUGAUAAGCCUAUUAAUGUGAACAUAAGCUUCUACGUGGAUCUAAGUGAAGUGUCGGGUCCUUGGGAAUACUUUGUCUUCCGAACCCAUCUAGAGCUGCUUAAAAAGGGCGAUCCCGCAUCCAGUACGUUUGUGAUUAAUCGAAAGAUCGAACCCAAUGUGAUAUUCAAGCAUCUUAAGGAUGAACUUCCCAUCUGGAAAAUAAUUUUGUCCUGCAUCGGUGGUCUCCUGCUCCUUUCUGCUUUAACCUAUGCUCUUUACAGGCUCGGAUUCUUUAAGCGCACCAAGAGGGACGAGCUGAAGAGGUUAGUUCGACAAAGUUAUAGGCAGGAGGUUCCCGUCGACCAGGAUUCGGAUAGUCUCAACAGCGAUACUCUGUCCAAAAGAUAUAGUACCUAA